UUGUAUGUGUGCAGGAGGAGGAGGAGGAGGAGCCCGGGCUCCACCGCUCUGAUAACACACUGCUGCCUCGUAUCUGUUAUCUUCCGUUCCCCGCCGUCCGGGCAGCGGACCUCCUCCGGACCUCGACCAGGAUUUAUUGAAUUCUUGUGAAACUUCAUUAAAAGCCGACGUGCUCCUCUAAUGGUUUCCCCGGGGAGACUCCCCGGCCACUACUCGACUUCACGGAAAAUAUCGGCCACCGGUUCUGGUUCUUAAAAAGUCAUGGAAACGUGGUUUUUGAAUCACGUCCUCGGUUUGUCUCUGUCGGUCCUCCUGGUGGGUCUACCGGGGCCCCUUGGUGGUGCAGGGACCCCCAGUAACAACAGCACGGACCCGGUUACGGCAGGAUUUUAUUUUUCAACCGGGGAGGAUGAACUCAGUAACGUGGAAAACAAUGCAACUUCAUCCUCCAGCGAGACUUUAUCACCAUCACAGAGGAACAUCCUGCUCACACACACUGCUCAAACACACACUGCUGCUGCUGCUGCUGCUGCUGCUGCUGCUGGAAGCUUCGACACUGAGCAGACGCAGACCUUCACAGACACAAGCAGUCAAUCACUGGAGCCCAUCGUUCUGUCUACUGAGCCCCUCACCUCCACCCUUGUUGUAGCUACCACUGAGGCCAGCAGCAGCAGCAGCAGCAGCAGGGACUGGAAAGACUCCACUAACACAGACCAGGCGCAAGACGCCUCCUCUGUUUGGUCCUGGGAGGACGCUCGAUCCAGGAUGUCUACAGAGGAGGACAGACUGCCCAGGGACAGUCCGGACACCACCCUCCGACUCGGCGACACCUCCACCACGCACACGGACAGCACCUUCACUUCAACCACCGUCGGCCGAGCUGGGGAGAGGACCUUGCUGUCUGUCACCUCCUCUUCCAGCAACAGCACCUCCUCUUUCUUUACAGAGGACGCCAACUCCGACAGGCCCGUCUCUACUUCUGUCUCUAAUUCUGCUGAAACAGAGGACUACACACGAAAUGAGCCAUCCACCAGGACUGGCAGUGAAGACACAACAGACCAGCACAUGACCCACACCGUCAGGGGGAGGUUUUUAGAGACUGGGAGCCCAGAGAGGCCCAGAGAUAUCCAGAGUUUUAACAGGCAACCCAAUAGCACCUGGCAUCAACAAAACUCGACAUCAGAGGACACCUCCGACUCAACGCCACCUCUCAUAGUGACAGAGCCCAGCACUGAGCAAUCAGAAGUGUCGGUUUCCUCCUCCACUCCACCUCUCACCUCACCAGCUGAGGGUCUCGCCAACAUUUCAGGGACAGAUCAGGAGUCGAGGUCAAGUGUCGAAACGUCCACUGAGUCCUCCACUGGAGCCCACAGCUCUACGGGCACUCAGAACCAGGAGGGAACUGAUGGGACAUCAUCCCAGACCAGAGAGCACAGUGUGAGCUGGGGUCUGACCACAGCGUCCCCCACUGUCACCAUCAGUACAUCGGAACUGGAUGACUCUCUGACAAAAACUCCAGCGCUGGUUACCGAGGUCUUCCUCACCACUGAACCUGUCACUGCCACAGAGAGAUCACAGAUAACAGAGGUAGACACUUUUGAAUCCACUGCUUCCACCUCCUCCUCCACCACCACCACUCCCACCCCUCCGCCCCCUGCUACCUCGUCCUUCAGGCUCCUAAGCACCACUAGCAGCUCUACUCCUCCAGAGUCAGCUACUGAGGCCACCAUCCCUCACACGAUACCCUCAACCACAGCCUCCACCCUGCAGACCUCUGCAGCACAUCCAACUCAACGCUUGUCCCCCAGCUACACCCAGGGGCCCUCGACUGGGGUCGCAAACCCCACCAACAUCACCAAACUGCAAGCAGAAACCAGCGCUGUCACUCUGGGAGCCACCACAGUCCAAAGACAACACAUCAGCCCCACCUACACCUCCAGCACACCAAGCAAGAGUACAGAGGCUGUGCAGACGAGCGGGAGGCGGGCAGGGGGUGGAGCUACAGAGCUGAUGGUGACAACAUCCCCAACUGGCUUCAGCACCACCAAGGAACCACUUCUACCAAGAAACCCUUGUGUCUCAAACCCAUGUAUGAACGGAGGGAUGUGUGUGAGCCAUAAAAGGCAUCAAUUCAGCUGCCUCUGUCAGCAGGCAUGGACAGGAGUCACCUGCAACCAGGAUGUGGAUGAGUGUGAAAGGGACCCCUGUCCUGUUGGGUCCAGAUGUUUGAACACGAGAGGUUCCUUCAGCUGUGAAUGUCCACUUGGCUUCGAUCUGGAGGACGGUCGCACCUGCACCAGAGCAAAGACAUUCCUGGGAACCUUCAGUAUAAACAGACCGCCGCAUGACCCUGUUGCUUUCAAGAGUGCCACCCUGCAUGAUAUCCAGAGAGAGAUCAUUCAGCUGCUCAAUGCGUCGUUGUCAGUCCUCCGAGGAUACAGUCGCUCAACGCUGAGCAGGAAGGGUGACGACGGGGUUCGUAUCAUAGCUGUCAACAUGUUUUCCAUUUCCACCGAAGUGACGAGUGCAGAGGUCUACAACAGCAUCCAGAUGUUUCUCAGCAACUGCAGCUCCUCUUUGGCCCACUGCCAGAUGGUGCUGCACCACCAGCUCACUUAUCACCAGGACAGUCUGUGUGUGGCCCAGAAGACUCAGUGUGAUGAAGAGCGCUCUUCAUGCGCAGACAACAGCGGCACGGCCUUCUGCCAGUGUCUGCCAGGAUACUACAAACACAACCCUGAAGACCUGUCCUGCUUAGAAUGUGGGGAUGGCUACAAACUGGAAAAUGGCACCUGUGUUCCGUGCAAGUUUGGAUUUGGAGGAUUCAAUUGUGGAAAUUUCUACAAGCUGAUUGCAGUCGUGGUGUCACCUGCAGGUGGCGCUCUGCUCCUCAUCCUCUUCAUCGCCCUUAUUGUCACCUGUUGCAAAAAAGACAAGAAUGACAUCAACAAGAUCAUCUUCAAGAGCGGAGACAUGCAGAUGUCCCCGUAUGCAGACUUCCCGAAGAGUAACCGCAUAUCGAUGGAGUGGGGGAGGGAAACCAUAGAGAUGCAGGAGAACGGCAGCACCAAGAACCUUCUACAGAUGACUGACAUUUACUACUCUCCUGCACUGCGUAACUCAGACCUGGAGAGAAACGGACUGUACCCGUUUACCGGUCUACCAGGCUCUCGCCACUCAUGCAUAUAUCCAGCCCAGUGGAACCCCUCCUUUAUCAGUGAUGAUUCACGAAGAAGAGACUACUUUUAACAGCCCCACCUUUAAUACACAAACACACACACAUAGAAACUCCCCAUCCAUUCUCCUAGCUAUAAUGAUGUGUCAUGAUGGGGGUCUUUCACAGCUUAAAUGCUAAUACAUUAGUACCACUGUUUUUUUUUGUUGGAGAGAACAUUUGACCAUCUCCGUUCAUGAUGCUACUGUGUGUGUGUGUGUGUGGGGGUGUGUGUGUGUGUGUCUGCACAUACAUGAACUUGCACAUUUUUGCAAGUGAAAUGUUUCCUCAGAGUGCUCCUGUGGGACCACUUCAGUGUUUUUGCAUGUUUUAGCUCAUUUACUCAAACACACACAUUACAAGCUGCUGGGAUGUUGAAGACUGCUGUGUUUUUCAGCCUGCCAGGCAGUCACCGAUUCCCAUUUACUUCAAUGCGUGAUGAAAAGCAAUUUGCAGAUGCUUUAAAUGAGUCUGAGGUCGUUGAUCCGUGACAGUAAACAUCAUAUCUGUCAUAUCAUAAAUGAUGUUGUUGCCGCCUGGUAAUGCAAUGCCUAAAAAAAAAUGUGCACUGCACAUUAAUGAAGGCAGAUGUGAUGCUUAUUGUGCCCAUAAAUAAAUGAGAGUUAUUGACUUGCCGAGGUUUGGGGGGAAAAAAACGCUUUUGAAUCAGUAGUUAAGCACGUCAAAACAUUGAAAUGGUCCUUUCAUUUCUGAACUUUAAAUGUGUGUGUCACUGUUGUGAUUUAAAAACAUAAAAUAUUGAGGGAAAAAGACUUUUAACGGACCACUGACUGACACCCAAAGAACUGAUAUUUUUGCCAAUAGAAACUGAGGAAGGACUUUGAAUCCCGAUGCCAACGUUUAUUUAUUCCCUAAAUGUCUAAAUGGUUGACAUGUAGCAUGAUAGACAUCUCAUAAAUACACACUGACAAACUGUACAUGGAUGAACCUGUGGCUUUAAAUGCACGAGUGUGUGUGUGUGCGAGAGAGAGAGGGGGAGUGUGUGUUAGUGUUAUUGAGCUGUGCCUUUGUGUGUGUGUGUGUGUGUGUGUGUGAAGUAAUAGUGUGUAUACAAGAAGAAUCAUACUGUUAAUGAAUGUAAAGAUGUAUCAUAAUUAGUAUAUUAUUUCUUACAUGGAGUAUUAUUUUUGUGUGACUAUUUUUUAUGUGUUUAUAUGAUUCAGUUCACUCUGGCGUUUUAGUCAGAAGCGCUUAUUUAAAUAAAAGAAAUGCACAGAA